UAUGGAUUGGGUAUCUAAAGUAGUCAAAUUUCAUAGAGAGAAAAUGUAGAAUGGUAGUUGCCAGGGGCUGGAAGAGGGGGAUCAGGAGUUACUGUUUAACGGGAACAGAGUUUCAAUUUUCAAAAAUAAGAAAGUAGUGGUAAUGGAUGGUGAUGAUGGUUGCAAAACAAUGUACUUAAGACCAAUAAACUGAAUAUUUAAACAUAAAAGGAUCCUGAUUCAUAGAAAUCAGUAAACAAAAUAUGAAAACUUAGUUUACCUAUAUAAAAAUAAUACUAAUUAUGGUUGCUUACUUGACAAAUAGCUUAUAUCUCCAUACCAUGUGAUAUAGAAACUAUUUUGCAUAUAAUUAUGUCAGAUUAGCUUUGUUGUACAUUGGAUUUGGUUAUAAAAUUAAACUAGAAUCAAGCUCCACUUUAUCAGCUGUUGUGCAUGUGGCACAGAUUGCCUACUCACAGAAGGAAACAUUAGAGAGACCAUUUCUUAGGAGCUAGAAAGAUGCCUUUUUUUUAAUCUGUUAAAAUUAUUAUUUUCCAGGUUAGAAAUGUGUGCAUUUAUAGAAUAAAUUAGUAGGUGAGAAGCCAUGAGGCAAAGUGGAAGGUGGUUAGGCUUCAAAAGACAGAAGAACUUGGGCUGGAAUCCUAGUACUUUCACCACUUCCAAGUUUAGCAAGUCCUUUAAACCCUGGCCUUCACGAACUUCACUCUUAAAGUGAACAAAAAUACCUUCUUGAGAGGCUUCUACAAGGAUUUGGGACAAUGAAAACAAAGUGCUGAAGCUGUACUAGAUCCUAAAUAAAUGGUGCUAUUUAUGGUGAGUUGGUGUUACACAACGAGUGGCUAUGGCACCCAGAGCUUCCAAUGCCAAAUCAUCAAACUGGCAUGAGAUUCCUGAGUUCAGGGGACAAUUGCUUACUUUGUUGGAGGAGGACCAGAUGUGAAAAAGCCUGAUAAAUGUUGACAUUCCCAAGGCGCCAGGGCGCCAGACGUGAGGUUACAGCAUGUCCUUCCUUCCUUUGCUAGUCCAACGAAGCAUGACUUCUUAAUGUCACUUUUUUGGCUUUUCAGGAAGCCCAUGCAGUAUCUAAAGUGGUUUAAUGAUCCAAAACUAACACACACAAGGCCAAAGUUUUCAUGCGUUCAGUGGAAGGCACUGUGGCAUGGUGGAAAAGGCGAAGACUCAGAUCACCUGGUCUCCAUCAUCAUUUCUGCAUCUGGCUAUAUGAGGUGGGCUGAUGGCUGUGCCAGUUUCCUCAUUUGCACCGCGCACGAGGUCCCGCUUUGGGUGAGCUUUUCUCGCAUACAUGGUAAGCGGUGAUUGGCAGGACCCCGGAGCCCUCUUGGGCGUUAGGCUUGGGCUGCACUUGCACUGGGUGGCCUACUGCGACUGUGGCGCCGUGACGAGAACGGCGGGUUGCGCGCGCAGCACCUCCGUCGCCUCCCGAUCCAGAGUCUCUGUUGCCAGGAAAACAGAGCGGCGCGCUUUCCGGCGCAGUCGCGGCGCGUCGCAGUUGUCAUGGCGGAGACCGUCUGGAGCACUGACACCGGGGAGGCAGUGUAUCGCUCCCGGGACCCCGUGCGCAACUUGCGCCUCCGGGUUCACCUGCAAAGAAUCACAUCAAGCAACUUUCUUCAUUAUCAGCCUGCUGCCGAGCUCUGGAAGGACCUCAUAGACUUGGCCACUUUUAGACCUCAGCCAACUGCCAAGCAAGAAGUGGUGCUGGUUCGGCUCAAGCAUUUGACUCACUCUGUUGUCUUUGGAGGUGGACACCGCCCAGAGGAAGACGAAGAGGAGGAGAUUGUGAUUGGGUGGCAGGAGAAGCUCUUUAGCCAGUUUGAAGUAGAUCUGUACCAAAAUGAAGCAGCCUGUCAGAGUCCUUUGGAUUAUCAGUACCGUCAGGAGAUCCUGAAGCUGGAGAAUUCAGGUGGCAAGAAGAACCGACGAAUCUUUACCUACACUGACUCUGAUAGAUACACCAAUUUGGAGGAGCACUGUCAGAGAAUGACCACUGCAGCCAGCGAGGUGCCUUCAUUCUUGGUUGAGCGAAUGGCAAACGUCAGGCGGCGCCGGCAGGACAGACGAGGGAUGGAGGGCGGCAUCCUCAAGUCACGCCUUGUCACCUGGGAGCCCUCAGAAGAGUUCGUCAGGAACAACCACGUCAUUAACACCCCUCUUCAGACAAUGCACAUCAUGGCAGACCUGGGGCCCUAUAAAAAGCUUGGCUAUAAGAAGUAUGAACACGUCCUGUGUACUCUGAAGGUGGAUAGCAAUGGUGUGAUCACAGUAAAGCCUGACUUCACGGGCCUCAAAGGACCCUACAGGAUCGAGACGGAGGGAGAGAAGCAGGAGCUGUGGAAAUAUACGAUCGACAAUGUUUCCCCACUCGCACAGCCAGAGGAGGAGGAGCGGGAACGGCGUGUGUUCAAGGAUCUUUAUGGCCGGCACAAGGAGUAUCUCAGCAGCCUCGUAGGCACUGACUUUGAGAUGACUGUCCCAGGUGCCCUCCGGCUCUUUGUAAAUGGAGAGGUAGUUUCAGCCCAAGGCUAUGAGUAUGACAAUCUCUACGUCCACUUCUUUGUGGAAUUGCCAACUACUCACUGGUCAAGUCCAGCAUUCCAGCAGCUCUCAGGAGUAACGCAGACAUGCACCACCAAGUCCCUGGGAGUGGACAAGGUGGCUCACUUCUCCUACCCAUUCACGUUUGAAGCCUUCUUCCUCCAUGAGGAUGAAUCUUCUGAUGCACUCCCGGAGUGGCCUGUGCUCUACUGUGAGGUCCUCUCGCUGGACUUCUGGCAGAGGUACCGUGUGGAAGGCUAUGGGGCUGUGGUGCUGCCUGCCACUCCAGGCUCACACACCCUGACAGUCUCCACAUGGAGACCUGUGGAGCUUGGCAUGGUGGCUGAGCUCAGGAGGUUUUUCAUUGGCGGUUCUCUGGAACUGGAGGACCUCUCCUAUGUGCGGAUACCAGGAUCCUUCAAGGGGGAACGCCUGAGCCGCUUUGGACUCCGCACAGAGACCACAGGCACCGUCACCUUCCGCUUGCACUGUCUGCAGCAGUCCAGGGCCUUCAUGGAAUCGAGCUCCCUUCGGAAAAGGAUGCGGAGUGUGUUGGACCGUCUGGAAGGGUUUAGCCAGCAGAGUUCCAUUCACAAUGUGCUGGAGGCCUUCCGUCGAGCCCGGCGCCGCAUGCAGGAGGCCCGGGAAAGCCUCCCACAGGACCUAGUGAGCCCCUCUGGAACCCUGGUCUCCUAGCUCACAGCAGCCCUGGGCCACAGUGCAAGAGGACAAGAUGGGGGAUGUUUGAGGCCAGUGCUCUCCUGCCUCUUCGUCUGUCUGAUUAGAGACCACGCUGGUCUGCUGAGAACCGGAAGAGCUGGGAAAUUCCCAGCUGGCCCCUCUGCCUAGCCUUCUGCAGGAUCUUCUUCCUACCCUGUGGAAAUAAAGCCAGAGACCCUGUGGCCCCCCCUUCAUGUUUGCAGUCACUGUAAAUGGGCAUCACAGCAAGGCAGGCUUUUUGGUCUGAAGCUGUUUGGGGUGACCCCAUAGUGAGUGUGGCCUUGACUCACUUUUCUGGCUUGUCUCACAGUAGCAGGGGGAUGCAGGGAUCUGCUGUUCUCCAGCCUUUAAAAAUGGAGCCUUCCUUCUUGCAAGACCAAAGAAGGAAGGAAGGUGGACGGUGAGAGGGGUCUUAAAUCCCCAGCCUGUGAGUCUCAGCCUCCUCUUUCCAGGGCAGCCUCAUUCUACUCCUUGGGGCUUGCUGAGGUUGAGAUAUGAGUUAUUUCUGAGUAGGUGAAGGUUGAAGGCAGUGCCGAGUCCUUUCUGCUAGCUGGUUGGUAUCUUUUACUGUGUUCUUUUUGUUUUUUGGGUUUUUUUCCAUAAACCCCUUUUAUUUUGACUGA